CCUCUUACGAACUGGUAGCAAAGGUAAGUAGAACCCACCCCUGCCUUAAUCCAUGCUAAAGGUUACCCAACUAAGGAUUAACUGACAUGGUGAUAAUUUUUGUACAUCUCGUUUUUUCUACAAGUUUCCCUUUUCUUCUUUAUCCAUUAACUGCUAUUCUAAUAACAAAUCCUUCAUAAAAGUUAUUGCAUUACAUUCUUGAUUAAAUUAACUUCCCAUUGAUACAGUAUAUAAUUUUACGGUAUUACUCCAAAAAAAGUGGGCUUAUUAGCUAGUUUUAGAAAAUACACUUUCCCCAAAAGGUUUCCACAAUUUUGGCCACUACUGUAGAUGCUGGGACUCCCACUGAAGAAACUGCUCCAAGAGAGAACAAAAUUAAUUAUGGUGCCAAUAAAAGAACGGGGAAGGAUUACAACCACUGCAGCAAAGUGAAGAAGGAAAGUUCUUUAGAAGGUAUAAAAGGUUCUGUGAUGUGAAAAGAGACACUUUUCUCCUUUCUCACAAAGUCAUACAAGUUUCAUCAAGAAAUGUCUAAGGGCUCAAACCAAUGAAACUUGGGACUUUUGACUCCAACCAACACCAAAAAAAAAAAAAAAAAGGCAAGGCAAGGCUAAUACAACAGCAUGACCUUUUCUGAAAAUUUCCCCCAUGAUUUUUCUCACAAUAGACUCAUAGCCAAGAGCUACCAGCAGUUCCUGGCCAUGGUAUUUGCAGUCGGAGAGGUCAACAAGGAUCUGGUUCUCCUCCCCAAUAUCACACUGGGGUUCGACAUUUCUGACAAUCAAAAGGUUGAGAGAAGUAUUUCAAUAAUCGGCCUCUCCCUGCUGUCCACACGAGGCCGGAUGAUUCCAGGUUAUAAAUGUGACAGGCAGGACCCUCUGCUCUCUGUCAUUGGAGGCUUCAUCCCCAAAUCUUCAAGGCAGAUGGCCUCCAUCUUCAGCAUCUACAAGGUCCCACAGAUCCUUGCCUAUUUGAGAAAUAUCCAGUUCAACAACAGUGCUGGAGAUGAAGUCUCCUUCUCAGAAAAUGGACUUGGGUCUGCUCAAUAUGAUCUUCUCAACUGGGUUUUCCUCCCCAAUCAAUCUUUUGUCCCUGUGAAAGUUGGGAAACUAGAUGCUGGGGCUCUCCCAGGCCAAGAUUUCAUCAUUGACUCUGACGCAAUCAUCUGGGUCACAAAGGUGAGAUGGAAGGAAAUGUUCUAA